AUGGCUGGAGGGAAUUUCAUGUACAGGGUGAUGUCUUACGUCGCUAAUGAGGUCGUUGCGAACGGUCUCGCCUCUAAUAAAGGAUUUCAGAGAUUUGCUGUGAAGAUACGUAGAACCAUGGAGUCGUUACCAGAAAAAGCUGCUGAGAUGAGAAAACAAAUUGCAGAGCAGGUCAAGGAAGUUUCUGAGACUCUCAAGAACCAGCAGUGA